AUGCCUGAAAAACCACCCAUUCUUUUCAUCACCAACAGCGAGUUGGGCCAGGCAGCGGUGCAUCUGGCAGUGGCCUUUGAGUUUCUCAUACGAGUGAGUUACAAAGUCCACAUUGCCUCCUUUGCCCCUAUCGACGAUGCCCUCGAAGACCUCCAUAGACGAUUGAACCAAAUGCCUUGGAAUACAGGAAGACCAUACUUUCAUCGGAUCAACGGCCCAUCCAUGGUGGAGUUUGUACGCAAGAAGACUGGAGUUAGAGGCUCAUUCGACGCACAUCCAACUGGUCUCUGCGGAGCCAUGAAAACAUACAAAUCGUUGCUGCACACUACCGUCAUGCCAUGGGACGGCAUACAGUACAUGGAGAUCUACCGGGACUGCGAGCAGAUCAUCCAGCAGGUCCAACCGGUUGUUGCCGUGGUGGACCCUCUUCUACUCCCAGCCGUGGAUGUGUGUCGCACGAUGGGACAGCGCAUAGUGAAGUUGGGACCCAGUACUGUUCUGACCCACGUGCGUCAGCCGUACCUGGCGAAUCUGUGGAAAUAUCCCAGUCUGUGUUCCGGAUACUCCUACCCCCUACCGUGGUAUCUGUUGCUCCCCAACACCAUUCUCAGCAUCUGUAUACGCAGGACCCUAUCAUCGUGCAAGCAGUGCGAUGAAGUCGAAGAUUACCGCAACAGGUGUGGAAUCCCAGGCCCCAUACCCAGCGUACUCGUCGCGGACACCGACAAAACCCCGUUCAUUCUAUCCAGUAUGUCUUAUACUGACUUUCCCUGCCACGUGCCCGAGCAGUUUACGCUCUGCGGUCCAAUCCUCCGUGCCAGUGCCCCGGUCACUCAGGAGAUGCCUGAGCUCGCGAGAUGGCUGUCGCGGCGGCCCACGGUCCUCGUCACGAUGGGUUCGCAUCUCCGCUAUAACAGCGACAACCGGCGACAGUUUGCAGAGGGGCUGCGCAUGCUGCUAGAUCAGAUGCCCCGGGCCCAGAUCCUAUGGAAGAUGGUUCGGGAGCCUGAGCCCGGUGUCGACGAUGACGACAAGACAGAUCCUGCCCUCGCAUGUCUUCAUUCGGCUAUAAUCACAGACCGUGUGCGCAUUGAGCCCUGGCUAUACGCUGAUCCAAUCGUGAUCCUUGAGAGCGGCCAUGUCCCGUUAAUGGUUCACCAUGGAGGUGCCAACUCAUACCAGGAAGCAGUCAAAGCUGGCAUCCCACAGGUCGUGGUACCCGUGUGGUUCGAUACGCACGAAUGCGCAGCUCGUGUCAAGCACCUGGACAUUGGGGUCUGGGUUCGCUGGAAUCAUUCAUCUAAGACCAAUGGCAAGGCGUUGGGAAACGCUAUGCUCCAGGUGGUGCAGUCGACCUCUAUGCAGAUCAACGCGAUGACACUGGCGGUGCGACUGGGACCGGUCGAGGGUCGUGUGCUGGCCUGGGAGAAGAUCCAGGACAUACUGGCGGAAGAAAGGGCUAGAACUCCGUUUUGUGGUUGA